GUCCUCGCCCAGACGACGACCGACUGCAACCCCCUCAACUCGACAUGUCCUGACGACCCGGCAUUGGGCACCACCUUCUCCAGCACAUUCAAUGGCUCUAUGAGCGAAUUCGACCCGGCCUUCUGGAAUGUCACAGCAGGAACGUCGCUCAUCAGUUUCGGCGACGAUGGCGUGGAAAUGGCUUUGCAGAAAGAUACCGACUCCGUGACGGUCAAGUCGAACUUUUACAUCUUCUGGGGUCAGGCAGAGAUUCUGUUCAAGGCCGCGAAAGGUACCGGCAUCAUCUCGACCAUGAUUCUGCUUUCGGAUGAUCUGGACGAAGUUGAUUGGGAAAUCAAGGGUGGUAACACGACGACUGUGAGCAACAACUAUUAUGGAUGGGGCAAUGUUUCGCAAUACAACUCUGAAUACCCUACUAUCGAUACUCCAGCUAUGGAUGAUUACCACAACUACACCAUUGACUGGACGCAGGAGAGGAUCCAGUACAUCAUCAAUGGCAAUGUCGUACGCACGGUAGGAUAUCAGGAGCCAGGCGAAUACCCGCAAACUCCCAGCCGCGUGCAGUUCGGAGUCUGGUGUGGUGGAUGCUCAAAGGCGAAAGGUACUGUGGAGUGGGCAGGUGGAAAGACCGAUUUCGAUGAGGCACCAUUUACCAUGACCGUCAAGUCCAUUCGCAUCACCGACGGCACGACCAACUCAAGUGUCUAUUCCUACGGCGACCACACAGGCUCCUACCAAAGCAUUAAAGUCACAGACGGCGAAUCAGACGCCUACAAAGCCAUCAACAAGAAAUCUCAUUUCCAAUCUGCCGAACAAAAGUGGAACGGCCUCUCAACCGGCGCCAAAAUCGGCAUUGCAUGCGGUGUCCUCGGAGCUUUCGCCAUCGCACUCAUCGCGUUCACGUUCUACUGCUGCGCUCAACGCAAGAAGGGACGAGCGGAGAAAGAAGCCCACGACAAAGAAUGGGAGCAGCAAGAAAACGAACUC